AUGGCAGAGAGAAUCUCUCCCUUCCUCAAGAAUGCCUGGGUGAAGGAGCCGGUGCUAGUGGUGUCCUUCUCUGUCUGGGGCCUCACUAUAAUUAUGCCCAUGAUUAGCCCCUACAUCAAGUAUACUGGCAUGAUCAACAAGGCCACAGCCUACAACUACCCAGUGCCUGUAAGAGAAAAUGGGAACAUGCCUGAUGUGCCCAGCCACCCACAGGAUCCUCUGGGUCCAAGCUUGGAAUGGCUGAAGAUCCUGUGA